AUGCGCACCUCCAGCGGACUUCUCGGAAGAUUCGGCUCUGCCCGCAUAUUGCGUGGUUGUUGGACGAAAAGAAAAAUACCACAGCCUGAAUCUGUGCUCAAGAGAGGGCUGUUAACCGAAAGCUAUGCUCGAGGCCCAUCGGAACCCCCAUUGAUUGAAUCGACAGUGGGUGAUCACUUUGCCAAAAUAGUGGCAGAGUGUGGUGAUCGAACCGCUGUCAUUUCAAGACACCAAAACGAUCGAGCCACCUAUGCCUCCCUCGAUACAAGAAGCAAUGCCCUAGCCCGUGGACUACAGUCAGCUGGUGUUGGGAAGGGGCAGCGGGUGGGAGUAAUGCUGGGGAAUUCAAUGGAAUAUGCUGUGACAACGUAUGCCUUGUUCAAGCUCGGGGCAAUUCUUGUCCCGAUCAAUCCCUCUUUCAAUGCCAGUCAGGUGGUGUCUGCGCUGAGCCACCUCGAAUCCAGCCAUCUGAUCAUCAGCGCCGAGUCCAAUCUCCCCCGAAAAGAGCCUCGCAGCAACAUCCCUCUUCUCAAACACCUAGUCGAGGACCUCUCCAAGCCCAAGCUGGAGUCUGCAUUGGUGCCCACCCUGCAGCAAGUGAUUUUAAUCGACAACUCCGCAGGCCGAGUAGAUGUAUCCGCAUACAACAGCCUGACCCCCUACUCAGCAAUCAAUUCCCAACUAGCAGCAGACAAACAAGCCCUGCCGUCCCAGAGCCUCUCUUCAAACGAGAUCGUGAACAUCCAAUUCACAUCGGGGACCACAGCAAUGCCCAAAGCAGCCUGUCUCAGCCACCGGUCCAUCCUGAACAACGGCUCCCAAAUCGGCGACCGCAUGCUCCUAACCCCGAACGACGUCGUCUGCUGCCCGCCGCCGCUAUUUCACUGCUUCGGAUGCAUCCUGGGCUACAUGGCGACAGCGACGCAUGGCUCGGCUAUCGUUUUCCCAACAGAGUCAUUCAACGCACGGGCCGCGCUGCAGGCCGUCCAGGAAGAGAAAUGCACCGCGCUGUACGGCGUGCCGACGAUGUUCCUAGAAGAGCUGGCGCUGAUCGAGGCGGGCGAGAUCUCGAGUGAGGGCUUUGAGUUUCUGCGUACGGGUAUCGCUGCCGGUAGCAGUAUUCCCGCGGAGCUGAUGAAGAAGUUGCAUCGCGUGCUGAAUCUUACUGAGCUUACUAUCUGCUAUGGCAUGACGGAGACUAGCCCUGUCUCUGCUAUGACGACCACUGAUGACCCCAUCGAUAAGCGUAUUACCUCUGUUGGGAGGCUUAUGCCUCAUGUUGACGCUAAGAUCGUCAACCCGGCUUCCAAGAAGGAUAUCCUCCCCAUCGAGACACGGGGAGAGCUCGCUGUCAGUGGGUAUCUGCUCAUGAAGGAGUACUGGGGUAGUCCGGACCGAACUGCUGAAGUGAUGAUUGCGGACGAUGCAGGAAAGGUGUGGAUGCAUACCGGCGACGAAGCUUCCAUGUCUCCCGACGGCUAUAUCACCAUCACCGGCCGAAUCAAAGACUUGAUCAUCCGCGGCGGCGAGAAUAUCCACCCGCUCGAGAUCGAGAACUGUCUGCUGGCCCAUGCUGGUGUCGGCGAUGUGUCUAUCGUCGGAGUCCCAGAUGAUCGUUACGGGGAAGUUGUAGCCGCCUUUGUAAUUCCGCGCGAGCACGGUCCGCAGACGGUGAGUGUCGAGGAUAUCCAGCAAUGGGUUCGCGAGAAGCUGAGCAACCAUCUCGUUCCGAAACAUGUUUUCUUCCUGGGGCCCUCGGAUGCCUUUCCCAAGACGGCGAGUGGGAAGAUCCAGAAAUUUAAGCUGAAGGAGAAGGCCGUCGGGCUGUUGAGGGAGAAGACUGGAGCACCGGAAGGUCAAUGA